AUGAAGUCCAAGGAGAUUCUCCUAAAAAUAUAUCUCAUCAUAUUUAGAAUUAAUUAUAUAAUUUCGAGUCUGCUGGGUUUAGCACCGUGCAGUAUAAAAAUAGUGAAUCGAUCUGCUCAGAGAAUUGACCUCACACUCAUAUUUUCAUAUUCACGAGUGGGAUGUGCAUACAAUAUUGUACUGAUCAUGUUAUGCGUUGUAAUAAUUGUCAUUGGUGUGCCACUUUUGGAAGAAAUGCAAUAUCCAAAUGAUUCAAAAACAUUGAAAACAAUCACAAUUACUCUCUCAACAAUGGGAAAUAUUGGAGCUAUCGUGAUAAUCAGUACCCAUGCAAUUCUGCAAAGACGCAUUAUCAAAAUUGGCAAUCAACUCCACGAAUUUGAUAGAAAAUAUGGUGAUAAACUCAUUGGGAGGAGGGCCAAUGCGUUCAGAGACUUUCGAAGAAUGAUGCCAAUUAUUUUUCUCUUCUUCAUUUGGACUGGUCUGCUAGUAACAACGGGAAUAGCUGAAGAAGAAGUCUAUAUCCUUAACUCAAGUGUAUGGGCAUCCUGUUUCAGCUGGUUUUUAACCCAGUACAGCUUAGUUAUUCUUGUUCUCAGAGGUCGUUUUGAAGGAAUCAAUAAUGCUCUACUUGCCACAGCUAAAUAUCCAAUUGGAUUCGAAGAGAACUCAUUAUUUCGAGGGAGUGUCACGAAUGAUCGGUUGAUCAUCAAAAAUUUGAGCAUUAUGAAACAGGCACGGAAAGAAAUUCACAAAAUAACACGUGAAGUCUCUAGAUUCUACUCGUUUCCAGUUCUAAUAAUUAUCUCUUAUUGCUGUUGCUGCUCUGUCAACAGCAUGUAUUACUGCGUUCUAACGUUGAUAGACCCAGAAGUGGAUGUUUUCACCAAUAUUAUUAUAAUUGACUCAAUCUUCUGGACACUUAUUACCCUAUAUCCCAUCGUAAUGCUGAGUACAAGUGUGGAUGCAUUUCAUGAGGAAGUAUGUAAAACCGCAGACAUUGUUUAUGAUAUUAUGGAGACGUAUGCGCCGAAUAAAGACAUCGAGUCUGAGUUGAAUAAUUUUGCUAUUGAGUUGCUGCAUAGGAGAGUCGUGUUCAACGCCUGUGGAAUGUUUUCGUUAGACUGCACACUAUUGCAUUCAAUAUUUGGAAUGAUUGUAACGUAUCUGCUAAUUCUUCUGCAAUUCAAACCAGCGGGGAGUGAUUCAAAAAAUUGA